GAUCCGGGCCUCAGGGGCUCCUCGCCCCUCCUCUGUCCCUGGAAUGCGCGCAGCCGCCAUCCGACUGCGGGAGCCAUUUUCAAGCAGGAGGCCUGGAGAGAGCAAUGUGGCGCUGAGAACUUCUGAACGGGGCUAGGGCCUCAGAUCCUGCAGGGUCAAAGACAAGCCUGGACCAGCCUAGCUGCAAGGGACCAGUACGAGAUGGGCCCUUACUUGCUGAACUAUCUUCUUAGGGGCCUAGUAUGCUGGGCCAGUCUGAAGCUCAUCGCAGAGUGGAAAGCCUUAAUUACCUUGAGCCUGGCGAGCAGUUUGGAAUUCUGCAUCACCAUCCCCAGAAGGAUGGCCAGUUUUGUGAAAUCCCAAUAGAAGAAGACAUUGAUGAAACCAGAUCAAUGAAGAAGAAAGAGAAAAAGAAAAAAAUACAGCCUUCACCCACACUGCCACCCCCUCCACCAAAGAAGUCUGGUCCAGAUAAGGAUGCACUAGAGACUGAGAAGCUGAAGAGGCUUUGUCAGAAACGCCACAGAGCAAGAAUCAAGGCAGCUGAGAAGAUCCAGGCCUGGUGGCGUGGCACCCUGGUACGUCGCACCCUGCUGGUGGCAGCCCUCAGGGCCUGGAUGAUUCAGCUCUGGUGGAGAACACUUUUGUGGAGGCGGGUUCUUAAGCAGCGGCGGGACCUGUUGAAGAUCUAUGUAAUCCAGGAGGAGGCGGCAGUCAAGCUCCAGUCCUGGGUUCGCAUGUGGCAGUGCCAUCGACGUUACUGCCGAAUAUGCAAUGCUGUCUGCAUCCUUCAGGCCCCAAAGAGCUAUUUUGCCUUCCAGACCAGUGAUAUUCUACAGGCACAAUAUGAAGUCACUCCCAACCAGCCGGAGUUCCAUAUUGAAAUCCUAUCAGUCUAAAAGUACCAGAGGGUGGAGAACUACUCCACUGCCCCCCAAUAAAUGUCUGACCAGGU